CCCCAAUUCCAACCCCGACCCCAAUUCCAACCCCAAUUCCAACUCCAAUCCCCACUAAGUUGGAUGCUGAUAUAAAAGAAUUAAAACGAGAUAUGCUGGCUCUAAAAAAUGAUCAUGUAAGAAUAGAAAAAGAUUUGGAAUGGAGUAUUCAUACGUGCGGAAUCAAUGAAGAAAAUUCAGAAAAUUCAAUUAUGUAUCUUCUUCCAGAAUGCCUUAACGCGUUGAAAUAUCGAUCCUUUUGGGAGAACACGGACAAGCCUUCUCUCAAGAAAUUCUUAGAUUUUCGACUUUCAGCUGGCGACUUAGAAGAUAUGAAAACCGAAUACGAUAGUUAUAAGAAAGAAUUAGAUUGUAUCAGCAAAUUCUAUGCUGAAGUAUCCGAAUCUGGUCAAGAAGUGCUAAAGUGGAAAAAUGUUUUCAAGGCAAGUGACGUGUAUUAUUAUUUUUGGAUCAGAGUAAUGAGUGCACCAACUACUCUGCAAACUGCUUUGGGAACGACUGCUUGUCUGUUGGAUAGUAAACGAUCAUCAACGAUAAAAUGUUUUUGGAAACUUGUUGCCGAAAGGCAAAAUAUUGAGGCAAAGAAAAAGUUACAAGAUGAAGAAGCAAAGGCGAAAGUUCAGGAGUUGCAGACGACUCAGCAUAUAACCAUCGCCUCAGUGGCGACGAAACAAAUCCAACAAUAUGCCACGUCAACUACCACCAGCAUUGCAAAGAGGUUCCUUAAUACUGACAACGAAAAUACAACAAAACGUAUCAGAACUCAUAAGGAUAGCAAAGAAGAUAAUAGUAAUGAUGGUACCAAAGACGAUUCUUUUUUGGUUUCAUGUGAAAGUUUAUCUCCUGUCUCUUCCAAAGAUCAUUCCGAAAAUAAUAAUUCUUUGAUAUCGGAUGAAACAUCUUCCAAUACUGAUAAAGAUGCCAUAGAUGGAUUUUUUUCUGGUCCGUUUACAGAGGUUUCGCAUAAUCCGAUAAUGCCAUGUAUCCUUAAAUGCGGUGAAAACUUCACUGAUGUAUGGAAUAAGUACUUGCUUAAAUUUGACUUACAUCAAUGGAGUGUGGAACACGAUCUUAUUGUAAAAACAUUUCAAAACAAUAUGCUCAAAUCUCUGUGUUCGAAAGAAUGUUGGAAGCAAAUUCGAGGUUCACAAUUACAUCUUGCAGAAGAAAAUUUAUUGGAAAGACUUAUUCCCGUAUUUCAAAAGGUCGAAAAUGACAAUCGAUCUUUAUUUCAGAAAUAUGCACAGGUGUGGACAACUAUAGGCGAAGGUGACAUUACCCUAUUUGAGCAGUAUUCUCUUUUAGUAAUUCACAUUUUUAUAAGCGAAUUCACCAGCAAACGAAAUAUAAUUUCGCAUCCAACAACUACUGAAGCAAUGUGGAGCACAUUAAUGUGUUUUAUUACAGGACAUGCAUUGCGUAAUGGAAACAUAGAGUACACAUGGGGAGAAAUCGUGUUAAAUUCGACAGCAACUAGAAAAGAUAAUGGUCGGGAUAUUCUCUCUCUUCCAAGAGUUGCAACAGGACAUAAGGGGGAUGGGACGGGAUUAUCGGAUGAUGGGCGUGAAUGUUUCGUUUUAGAAAUUUCAUAUGCACCACAAGACCAAGAUAGGCGGAAAUCAGCUGAGGAUCUUUAUAAACUACUCCGAGAAAUGCGAGAUAUAUUGCAUAUAUCUAAAAAAGAAAAACGGGAAUUAGGUUAUAAGAUACCCAAAGAGGGUUUGUGUGUAUAUGGUUCGCAGUGUUAUGGGUAUACACAAGAUUUGCUUGAGAUGGAGUACAUUAAGCCUUUUUAUGUAGUUCGAAAAAUUGGAUCGGUAAAUAUUUCCAAUAAUGAUAUCACAAAACUCUCUUUUGUUUUGCGGAUGAUGUGGGCAUUUAAAGAGAGGGUUGUCUCUGCAAAUGCAGUAUGGAAAAACUUAAAAAGUCGAUAUGAAAUUGAUUCAACAUUAGAAUCAUCUGAUGAUGGGGAUGAUUUUACAAAGGUGACACCAAAGAAACAAUCAAAAUAUACUUAG